UUCUUGAAAUACGUGUUAAUUCAUGGAUUCACCACGGAGUUCGAGGCCAUGAUAUCACUCAUAGUUCCGGAAAUUGUCUCAACCGAGGCCGGCACUGUCUGUGGGCAUGCCAAUUGUGAUUCUUUACGACCCACUCCUCAAUUGGCGUCUUGAGAUUACACGAGAGCACCAUUUCCCCUUUGGAAGACAAUGCUACAGUGCUCGCAUCAGUAUCGAGUCCUGCCUGAAUUCUGCCCCUUCUUCGUCAACUGUUUAUCCCACGCAAACCAACAUUCCUCGUAUACAUCCUUCGCAGACAUCUCAGGGAACCUGAUACUCUCCAGAUCUUCACACCGUUCAUACUCCUCCACGCGCUCCAACGUUCGAGUCUGCCAGGUAGGGAAGAAGGCUGUCGCCUCCUCAUACUCGUACAGCAUGAGAAACGCGCCCUUUGAAGUGACGCUCGCAUCGCCCUCUCCCACCGUGACUCCAACCGGACAAGCGGUCCACGUGUGCGGUACGCCGGGGGCAAUCGACACCAACGUCUUGGGCGGAAUCACGUACCUCUCGCCAUUGAAUUCGACGAGAGCAACGCCAUCCAACACCACAAUCCUCUCGCAGAUGAAUCUCCUCUCGGCCGAUGCUUCGUCAGCUGCUGGGGCAAUGUGAACGUGCCUUGGGAGUCGGUAUUCCGUGGAGAAUUCAAUGAAACCCAAUUGUCCUGCGAACGAGCGCGUGCCGGGGUCGAGUUCGUGCAUGACGACCGGGACAUCUGAGAAGGGUCGUUUAACGUUCGCACCGAUACCAUGUGUGAUGGUACUCCCGUUAGCUAGAGUAAUUCCAUAAAUAUGAGGAGGCGACAUUGCGGGACAGUUGCUUGAUCCGCUUUGCUUGCUGAGUUCUGCU